UUGACAAUGAGACAAGCAUGGCGGAGAGCACGAGACAUAUAACGAUUCAGAGAGGCGACUCAUUACCUGAGCUGCAGCAGUGCAACAAGUGCUGCAGCUAUUACCACUGCCCUUUUUGCUCGGCCAGUGUAUUUAAGCCAGCAAAACUAGUAAAAUUAAAAAGUCAUGUACAAAUCCACUUCAACAAGGCAGUUGUCUAUGGAGGCUUCACUAUACACAGAUGUGGACUGGGAUGUAGAACAGCACUGCAUUACCACUGCCCAUACUGUGAUACUACAGUUUUAAGGAGAAGGGAUUUUGAAACGCAUGUACAGGUUUGCAAAAACAAACCGCUUCCAACUUCAACCACAAUUUUAUCACCAGCCACUGCAGCGCUGACCACACCUUCUGCAGCCACUCUGACCACACCACACAGGGUUCGUGUGCAGCCUGUGAUUAAAAAAAAUUGCCCAGUUUGCAAUAUCCUCAUUAAUAGAAAAAACUUAAAAAAACACAUUGACCGCAAACACACAGAACAGCCAAUACAGGACAUUAAUGCCACAUUCCAUCUUGUAAGCCAGUGCAUUGACAGGCCAAAUGGCAUAUUUACAGUCCUUAAAGUUACCAAGGGUCACAGUGUUCCUCUUCAUAUUCAGCUCAAGACAUGGGGAGAACACCAUAAGGUCAUCUGUGAAUCACAUGAAUGUCAGGUCAACAUGGAAGUUGCACAGAGGAGUGGCCUGUCAUCAUAUCAGUGCAAACACAUCCGCUCUGUAACUUACUGCACAUCUUCUGCCGAACCAGUCUCCCUGAAAGAGGAGAUUUUAACCGAGAUGGUAAAAGCAAAGUGGUUUAGUACUGAAAAGAAGAAGAUAUGCCUUACUCACCAGCAACUUGCCAACAGCAGUUGCAUACCACUCUCUGUUCAAACUUCGAUUGGCACCCCUGAAACAAAGAAAUUAAUUUCCGUAUUUGAACCCAAUGUCUCCUAUUACAGUCGGUUGGGACGUGUAAUGGUUGUGUAUGACUCAAAAUUAAACACAUGGCAUUGUCCCUGUGCCAAAUUGAGGCGUUCAUGUUUGCACAAAUAUAUUGCAAAAUGGCACCUUUUUCAGACCCAACGUGAGUUGUUUCGAACAGUCUUCAGCAGAGAAGAAUCACCACUCAAAGGGCCACAUGCACAGUCUGAGGAGAAUGAUUUCAGAGAAGACAGUCCUGUUUAUCCUCCAAAAGAUCUGGGGCUAAAAAAUAUGGUAUCUUACAUUCUUCAGCACAAGAAGAUACCCGUUGAUCUACCAGAUGAUGUGCAUGCACCAUCACCAGACAAGGACUACCCAAGAAACCUUUGUCCAGAUGAAAGUAUAUGUCAGAGUUGUCCAGGUGUUGUCCCCCUCAGUGAUCCCAUCCUAAUUACAAAGAAGGCUAAAAUACUCACAAACUGGUCCAUUAUUGAAGACGUUGCCACCUACUGUAAGCAGUGCCCACUUUGUGGAAUGUUCUACCGUUACCAGGAGUGGAAAGACCACCUACAUAACUUCAAUGACCACAUCAUCCUUGCCAUACCCUUAUGCCUUACCUUGAGAAGCCUUCUCCAGGUGCAUACUUCUGUGAGCAGAGCCGUUGAUUUUUUGCAAGAUUUGACCGGUUUAAAGUUUCCGUCAGCAGACACGGUGCUGCAUGCCUAUUUACACUUUGAGGCCCUUACAGACCAUGAGUACAGGUAUUCAUGCGUUACCUGUGGUGAUUAUCCCCCUGUUGUGAUAAUGGAUCUACACAAAAAGGGUGUUUUCCAGCUUUCUGUAAAUGACAUAGAGGAACCCCAAGAAAACUAUCAAGGGGAAGUCAAUCUGGAAACAUUCUGGGAGGCAUUGUCCAAAGAGAUGAUAUGUCGUGGAUUUGUUGCAAGUGGUGCACAAAAUCCAUUUGUUGUUAAACCCAUGUAUCACUUCUGGGCUCCUUGGAUUGGCAAGAACACACGUCGUUCAGAUAUUGUGCUAAACACAGAGUAUGAAAAACUUCAUUCUUCAAAGUCUGCCUCAGAGACCGCAGAAAUUACAGUGACAGAGGAGAGGCUGAAGGAAGAACUUCAAAAGCAAAAGGUUAAUGUUAUUCGGAAACUAUGCAAAGAAUGUGGUCUAGACUCCACUGGAUCUCGGAGUGACCUCCUCCUCAGAUUGUCUAAUGAAUUGAAAUCGAGGCAAACAUAUGAUAAAAUCUUUGAAAAAAUCUGGGGUGCCUCUGGAGGCUGGGGAGUCAUCAUGUGCCCAUGUGGCAUAGUUUACAGUUUAAAAAGCAAUCUUCGAGCAGAAAGCCCUCGAGAUUUUGCUGAUCUUCUGUUCUCAUGGAAGCAUCUGCCGAACAUCAUUAUUUAUGACUUUGCACGCGGUUUAGCAACACAUGCCAAUCUAAGGGCACCAGAAAGCAUACCUAUUCGUCCAUAUGAAGGACGCUUAGCAGAACCCAAUGAAGAAAACAUUAAACUUGCCAAAUCUGGAAAUCUGAAAGUGUCCUUGCCUUGGCUGGAGGAAAAAAUGAGUGUGAGCGAUCCUCAAGGACACCCACUGACAGGGUCUUCGGAUCAUUACGUAUUGUCUGACCGUUUUCACGAGAGCAAUUCCAAAGACAGUAGAGAUGUUCUGAGGAAGAUCACUAUAGUGCCUCAACUAGCUGGCAAAAUAAAUAGCCAGGUUGCAGAGCAACUGUUCUCAAAGAUGAGAAAAAAUAACUACUUUUUGAACAUGUCUCAGCCAUCAACACAUCUGUUUCAAAUGAGGACCAUAAUUCACCACUAUAACGAAAACAAGAACAACAAAGUAAGGACUAGAUUAAUGAAGACGUUUGGAUCAAAGUUGGUGAAGAAUAUGCAUGGACAGGCUGUGCUGGAAAAUUCUGACAUCUCCACUGAGGAGCCAGUCCCCAUAGACAUUGAGAUGGAGGACAUAGACAUUGAAAUGGAGGACAUAGACAUUGAGAUGGAAGACACAACCCUGACCUCAACGAUGGCCCCAACCAGUACAGGAAAUGAAAUUGUGUGUAGCAUCGAACAGCUGUUUGCCAGUAGAGUGUGUUGGGAUUGUCUGCCAAGCCAUAGACAAUCAGCAAUGCUUGACUGGGCUUUGGGGACAGAUGACCCAGAUGAAACAAUUGGAAAAGUUGGGAACUUGGUUCUGAGGAGGAAAGAUUUCCGUACUCUAGGUCUCAAUGAGCUGUUGGAGGCAACAAUUGCAAACAGCUGUCUUGAGGUGAUUGCAUUGGUGGCUAAGGAACGAGGAAUGGAUGUGUGGACAGCCAACGCAUAUGUUGUGGUGACCUGGUUGCCUCCAAAUAAUUUGGACCCAUUAUUGUCAUUUCCAGAUUGCAUUGCGCUGAAAGAUUUCAUUGUCUUCCCUGCUUGGAAGCCAGCACACUGGAUGUUGUGUUAAGAUGACAGCCAAAAUCGCACCUGGCACAUGGGUGCUACUGAAAAACAAGG